AUGGAUGAGUGUCCUUAUAAUCUGUGUAACAGGUGGUAUUUCAAGUCUACUGGAAACGAAUACAGUGGACCAAUGACGACUGAGGCUGUAAUUUACUACUAUUGGCAAUCUGGGAAAGAUCAUAAUUUGCAUCGUCAGCGGUCACUUUAGGUGUACUUUGAAAAUAUCCCACAAGGCGCGGUUAAAGUGGAAUUAUGGGUAGGACAGUGUAGCGGCGAAACCCUGGGUGACGCUGUCACC